CACUGGCAGCAGAAAGAGAGAGAGAGGUGUCCCUGGGUAUGGAAAGGAAGCUGUGCAGUGCAGUGUGUAAAAUACGCACACAGGCAUAGUGUGUUGGUGAGGGAGACAACGCAUACCCGUGUGUGUCACCGGUGUUCGACAGUAACAACGGAUUUAGCAGCUGAAGAGAAUCCCGUCCGCCUGUGUGUGAGAGUGGGUGUGUACGUGUGCAUGCAUGCACGCCAACCCGAAUGGCCUGCCUGGGCAGCCAAUUUCCUCACUGCCCUCCUCCUCUGAUAAUCUCUGCUGACACUGCACACAAAGGACUAAACGCUGGCCGCAUCCUCCAGAAAGACCCUCUUCACUCUGCUUCUCUGCCUGUCUCGUUCCGAUUACCCACAACCAGGCUGGCUACAGGGAGGAUGCUGCUGCCGUAACCCUGUAUGCCUGCUGCUACAUCACCUCUUGUUACUGGGCUGCUACCUCCUUCUUUCACCUUCUCCUCUGCUGGUCCAUUCUGCUGGUCCAGUCCCCCUCCACCACAGCGCUCUAGACCCAGGAUCCUCCCCCCUCUCAAUCUCUCACUGGAGGUGUUCCUAGACUGCUGGUAGAACCGUUGCAUGGUCUCUUUCUCCUCACCAUCUUGCGCUGAUCUGAGGAGGCUGUCGCCGCUGCCUCCUCUCCUCCUCCCCUGUUUUUUGUCUCUCGCUGACUGUGCCGCACGCGUCUAUUCCAACAGUCACCCCUGAUCUGGUCCCGGAGCCCCUGGUGCUACCCGUGGUGCCCUCCCUGCCCUCUGUGCGGGUCCGUCCUGCCCUUCACAGGCCCCGGAGGCGCAACAACAGCAGCAGCGGAAGCGACCCCACCAGGCCGUGGCCCUCGGGCCCGGCUGGCCCGAGACGCAGCAUGGAGGUGGGCAUGCGCGUGGUGCGCGGUCUGGACUGGAAGUGGGGGAACCAGGAUGACAGUGAGGGUCACUUGGGCACAGUGGUGGAGAUCGGGCGGCAAGGCAGCACCACCACGCCCGAUAAGACGGUGGUGGUACAGUGGGACAGCGGCACGCGCACCAACUACCGCACAGGAUACCAAGGCUCCUACGACCUGCUGCUCUACGACAAUGCCCAGAUCGGUGUGCGCCACUCCAACAUCAUCUGUGACAGCUGCAAGAAGCAUGGCAUCAUGGGGAUGCGCUGGAAGUGCAAGGUGUGCUUUGACUACGACUUGUGCACGCAGUGCUACAUGAACAACAAACACGACCUGGGCCACGCAUUUGAGCGCUAUGAGACAGCCCAUUCCCAACCAGUGUGCUUGGCCCCGAGGCAGAAUCUCCCACGGAUCAUCCUCAAAGGAAUCUUUCAAGGGGUGAAAGUGGUACGCGGACCUGACUGGGACUGGGGAAACCAAGACGGAGGAGAGGGUAAGGUUGGAAAGGUGGUGGACAUCCGUGGCUGGGACACAGAGUCUGGUCGCAGUGUGGCCAGUGUCACCUGGUCCAAUGGCACCACCAACGUCUACCGAUUGGGUCACAAGGGCAAGGUAGACCUCAAAUACGUGUCGGACAUCCAGGGAGGCUUCUACUACAAAGACCACCUACCAAAGCUUGGUGAGCACGCAGAACUGCAGAGGCAGGAAAGUGCAGAAGGCCACACCUUCAACCAGGGGGACAAGGUGAAGUGUCUCCUGGAAGUAGACAUCCUCAGACAGAUGCAAGAGGGCCACGGAGGAUGGAACCCCAAAAUGGCAGAGUACAUCUGCAAAAUCGGGACGGUACACAGAAUCACUGACCGGGGAGAUGUCAGAGUCCAGUACAGCAACAACAUCCGCUGGACUUUCCACCCAGGUGCCCUGACCAAGGUCAACACGUUUGGUGUGGGCGAGCUGGUGCGGGUACUGGAAGACAUAGACUGUGUAAAGAGGCUUCAGGCUGGCCACGGAGAAUGGACAGACAGCAUGACACCAGCCCUGGGGCAGAUGGGCAAGGUGCUGAAGGUGUACGCAGAUGGGGACCUGCGAGUGGCCUUCGGUGGCCAGACGUGGACCUUUAAUCCGGCGUGCCUCUCAGCCCAAACCAUGGAGGUGGAUGCCAACCUCAUGACUGCUGAAAACCCCAAUGAAUCCGGAAACACAGUCAUUUCAGUCCUGGAAAAGCUGCUGUCUCAGUCUACAGAGCAGGACAACCCCAGCCGGCUGGUCAUCGAGGCGGCGCAUGGCAGUGCCAGCAAAGUCAGAGAGCUAGUGCAGAAAUACCCUGACAAGGUGGAUAUAAAGAACCAGGGCAAGACGGCGCUGCAGGUAGCAGCCCACCAGGGCCACAUGGAGGUGGUCCUGGCCCUGCUGCAGGCCAACAGCUCCAUCAAGGUGAAGGAUGAAGACGGAGACACCGCCCUGCACUACACAGCCUUUGGGAACCAGGCGGAGAUUGCGCGGCUGCUGCUGAGCAAAGGGGCCAAUGUGAACUUACUGAACAACUCCAUGUGCACGGCACUGCACAUAGCCGUCAACAAGGGCUUCACCGAUGUGGUGCGCGUGCUGUCAGAACACUUGGCCGACAUCAACGUACAGGACUCGUAUGGAGACACACCACUGCACGACGCCAUCGCCAAAGACUUCCGGAACAUCAUUGAGAUCCUGGCGGUGGUGCCCAACAUCGACUUCACCCAGCAGAACAACCGCGGCUUCAACCUGCUGCACCACGCAGCCCUCAAAGGCAACAAGCUGGCCACGGAGAAGAUCUUGGCUCGGGCGCGUCAGCUGGUGGACGUCAAGAAGGAGGACGGCUUCUCAGCUCUGCACCUGGCCUCCCUCAACAACCACCGAGACGUGGCCGAGAUCCUUGUAAAAGAAGGCCGCUGCGACAUCAACAUCCGCAACAACCGCAACCAGACGCCGUUGCAGCUGGCGGUGACGCAGGGCCACGGGGACUUGGUGCAGCUGCUGGUGGCCGAGGGCGCCGAUGUCAACGUGGAGGACGAGGACGGGGACACGGCCAUGCAUGUGGCCCUCAGCCGCCCGCAGCUGGCCAAUGCCAAGCUCACCCCGGCCACCUCCAGCAUCACAACCACCACACAGGAGAGAGGAGAGGGGGGCCCGGGCUCCUCAUCGUCCUCGCUCUACUGUCAGCUGAGCAGCUCGGGGUUGAUGGGUAACACGGAGCUGAGCGUGGGCGCGGCCAUCGCCUGUUUCCUGGCACAGGAGGGCGCCGACAUCAACUAUGCGAACCACAAGGGCAAGAGCCCCCUGGACUUGGUGGCGGAUACAGCCGUGCUGCAGCUCAUCAAGAGCUUCUCCGAGAAGUACCGGUUGCAGCGGCUGCAGGCUAUCACGUGUGGCACGUCACUGAGCAGCACCAGCCUACGGCGGGUCCACACAACGCCCAACACCAUGACCAACCUGGCCAUGCCCGCCCUGCCAGGGCCCAGCGAGUGCCUCAUCUGCUCCGAGCUGGCCCUGCUCGUCCUCUUCUGCCCCUGCCAGCACAUUGUUGCCUGCGAAGAGUGUGCUCAUCGAAUGAAGAAAUGCAUCAAAUGCCAGGUCACGAUCACAAAGAAAAUUAGACAAGACCAGACAGAGGUGGACUGCAGCCCGGGCUCGGAGAACUCCGAGCAGCACAACCUGCUGGAGCAGCUGCAGUCACGCUACCGCCAGAUGGAGGAGCGCAUCACCUGCCCCAUCUGCAUCGACAACCAUAUCAAGCUGGUUUUCCAGUGCGGCCACGCCUCCUGCAUCGACUGCAGCGCCGCCCUCAAGACCUGCCCCAUCUGCAGGCAGACCAUCCGGGAGCGCAUCCAGCUCUUUGUCUGAACCAGGCCCUCCUCCUUUCUUCCUCUCUUCCCCUCCCCCUGUGGCCCAGUCAGUCUGCUCCUCAGUCCUUUGGGAUUAGCCACUCGAUCGUCCAUCCUGGCUCAGCUGCUGUGCUUUGUUGUGUUCCAUUGCGUGACGUUGCACCCAGGGUUCCCAGCAGUGUCAAUGAGCUGGAUGUGGUCAUACUGAUUUUUUUGUUUUGUUGUUGCCUGUUUCUUCAUUUCUUCAAAUCCAGUCAUGGCCCCUGAAAUGCUCUGCAAUGCUUUGUCCGUGGCUCCCAGUGUGUAGCAGCCGCAGCGGGUUGCGUCAGGAGGAGGCAGUAGUGCUGCAAGCUCCAUUCCCAUUGGUCCACAAGGAGGACAUCCCUACGAACCAGGGAGGAAGUCUCUCUGAAUAGUUCAUCACCUGUGCUGCUCUAAGAGGAUGUCUGUUACUCCCUGUUAGAUUGCAUCCCACCCUGUUCCCCCUGUUUGCCUGUCUUGCCUACCCUGUUUACAAGGCUGCAGAGAACUGGCUGAUGUCUCCCUGUCUUGAAUCCGGUGUAUUAUGUUUGCUCUCCUUCGUAUGAAGCUCUUUGUUAUCAGUGUUAGUCUCCUGAGGGUGAUGGUAUAACUAAAGGCUCCUCUGUAUAGCCCCUCACGCUUGCCGUACGUACACAAGGGGAAAAUACACACUUUAUAUAUGCAUGAGUAUAUGCAUAUUCUAAGCUGAAGACUGUGUUGUGGGUUUGGUUAGAUGUGUGGUUUUAAGAGUACCAGUAAUUAGUACUGAGUUAUUUAUGUCAAAGGUGUUUCUAUUUAGCUAAAGUCAUAUUAUUUUUGGUGUUUGCUCAGUAAAAAAAUGAUUUCUGCUGAAAUUUCACCCAAGCCUAUGUCCUUCUCUACUCAGGGUCCUGAUUCAUUGAAACACUUCUAGUAUCAAAGGUUACGGAAUGUUUUUUUUUUGUCAACCCUUUUUACGUUGGAGCCAUCUGACAAUUUGGUGUGUGUUCAUUAAGGGACUUGUAGUUGAGAUCUGAUAACACAACAGCUAGAGCUUUUAUAGCAGAAUAGACCUGUGGAUAAGUUCACUUCGGUCCAACAUACCUUUCCUGCUUUAGGUAUGAAAUUGUUUAAAUUACACCAUCGUAGAGAGGGGUUUGUGUGCUGCUUCAAAGGAAAGACUUUGUCAGAUGACAAAGUGCAACUAAUUUUCAUUAUACCAUCACCCAGAUACCCAUCGGCUUUGUUCUUUAUAGAUAUGUAUCGAAAGCAUAAUCGAAGCCUGUGUCUGUUGUUCAUCUGAACCUGAGCGUCUGUUAUACUCCUCAGUGUGUAGUGUUGUACUACACAGCCCACAGACCUGCUUGCUAGCAUCAUCACACUCAGCCUCAGACAGGGCUCAGCCCAUUUGGUGGUGCAGAGAGGUUUGUCAUUAUGUUUAGGUCAACUUUGGACUCUUUUUGGACAGAAUUACUUUUGACUUCUGGAGGCCUUUGUGUCCUCUAAAUAGAGGAAGAACACUGAUACUUUACACGAUGAUGAAUCAAUCCUCCAAUACAGAACAGGAACGAUUAUUGAUCAAGCGAGGUGUGUGAACUUCUACCAAAGCUGAGCCAGAAAAUAAAUGAGCAUGUAUUUGCUUUUUCUUUAUUUUGUCACAAUGUGGAAUUUUGGCAGCCUUUGGACUCUUUUCUUGUCAUGUAUCUUUUUUCUCUCAAACAGAUGUCUGUCUCACAUCAUAGUCAUCCUACCUGGAAGAAACCCUCCCCAAUCUGUGUUUGGCAAAGCAUUUUGGAUUGUACUUUAUCGUUAAUCAUCCUUUGUAAUGUUUGGUUUGUUUUCCGAAGGGCUUAUGCAUUAAAAAAAAUGGAUCUAUUUUAAUCUUCUAUUUAAUUUUUCUAUUGUAAACUUCCAGUGACAGGGGUUUUGUAACAUUAGAUCCCAACUUUUGGAGAGCCAAUUAAAGAUGUACAUUUGAAUGUCAGAAAAACCUGUAACCUGUAACCUCUGCCUUGUAAAGCUGUGUGGGAGAGAGGAAAGUAAGGUUUACUCAGAAGUACUACUAACGUUGCACCAGUGCCAAAUCUUCAAAAGGAUGUGUGUGGCUCUGGUAAAAGGUGGUGCACUACAUAGGGAAUAGGAUGUCAUUUGAGACGGCGCUUCUGAUUAACAACUGAUAUUAAAGAAUUCUGAUCCAAAGUAUAUCAAUCCAAAAAAAUGUGGAGCCCAAACAUUUUUUUUUUUAGUCAUGAUGAGUAUAGCGAGCAUUUCUGAUUGAAUGAAUUAGAUAAUCAAAUAUUGUCAUCUGGGGUCAUGUGAGUAGUCUCUGUGCACAGGUAAAGGUAAUAAUACUUUAGAAGAGCCAGGAGGUUUUGAAAUAUACCACUAGAGGUUUGCUAUGAGAAGUACAUACAUAAUAUUUAAGCAACAAAUGUUACUAUUGGUGUGUGUACAGUACAGCACUUGGAGUUCUGUUGGCCUUACUGUCCAUUCUUAUGUUAAUGUUUUUUUCAGUUGUAUUCUGUACAAAAAUAUUUUGCAAUAAAUAUGGAACUGUUUUAUAA